ACAUUGCUCUCGUUUUGGAAAAUGCCUUCAAAUCCUGGUGGGCAAACGUACGUUUCCGUGUCAGGAAUCCAGACAAUGAUAAGAGUUGUCAAUUCUCGAGAGCGAAACCCCCUCAAGCUUAGUUCCGUGUUGUGUCUGCUCCAGUGCAAAAGUGACCAGCGCCGGACAAAGAGGUCGGACGAUUCACGGCUCUUCCUCUCAGCAGGACUUUGUUCUAGUAUUUCACGCAUUCAGUCAGAUUAUUGUUGAGGCGGAAAAGACAAGGUUUCAGUCCUGGACAAUGUGGUCCUCGGUGCCGCGGGUAACGUUCUCUAACGGACGUCAAAUUCCGCAGAUCGGGCUGGGAACGUACUUGACACGUGGCGAGGAAGGCAUUCGCUCAAUUAAGCAGGCCAUCGACAUCGGCUACCGGCACAUUGACACGGCCUUCCGGUACGGCAACGAGCGUGAAGUUGGCUGCGCAGUCCGGGACAAGAUAGCCGAGGGAUUUGUCGCCCGGGAGGACCUCUUCAUCACGACUAAGCUCUGGAAUUCCUUCCACAGUCCCAAGCACGUAGCCGAGGCGUUUGGCCGGUCCUUGGCCAAUUUGAAGUUGAGCUACGUGGACCUGUACCUGAUGCACAUGCCGAUGGCGUUGGCAUUCCGGGGAUUCGACGAGGCGGAUCUCAUUCCGUACGACACCCAGGGGAAGGUCGCCUGCUCCGAGGUGGACUUAUGUGACACCUGGCGUGCGAUGGAGCAGCUGGUGAGGGCAGGCCAGGUUCGCAGCAUCGGAGUGUCCAAUUUCAACCGGGCCCAGUUGCGACGGCUGCUGGCUGUGGCCACAAUCCGUCCGGUGACCAACCAGGUCGAGUGCAAUCCGGGCUUCAACCAGAAACCACUGAUCGAGUUUUGCCGGGGCGAGGACAUCACCGUGACCGCUGCCAGUCCCAUGGGCCGUGCCAACCGGAGUGACUCGUCCAGCGGGGUGACAGCAAACGUGCUGACCGAUGCUGGGGUGGCGAGAGUUGGGGCGAAAUAUGGGAAGAGUAACGCACAGAUUGUGCUGCGUUAUUUGCUUGACAUCGGUACCAUUCCCAUUCCGAAGCCGUCGAACCGGGCCGAGACCCUGGAGAACAUUGACAUUUUCGACUUCCAGCUGACGGCGGAGGAAAUCGCCCUGAUGGAUGCGUUCGCCACCGGAAAGCGUGCCGUCCCGUUGAAAUAUUACAGCCACCAUCGGGAGUAUCCAUUUGGGGGUGGUGAUGAUGAUUAAAACAAAGAAGAAGACGACGAAUGUUAAUGAGAAACUUGCUUGUUGAUUGAUGGUGUGAAUUGAACCCCGGCUGUCAAAGCGAUUAGCGAAAUUGUGGAACACACACACACUUUUUGAUCUGACUUCAGUUGUGCGGGGUGAGGGCAAAGUUCAGCGUCGUGACUUGAAAGUGUAAACGGGGGUUGGUUAUUGGAAGUGAUUCGUGGGAUGAUUGGGAAAGUUUAACAUUGAUUACGAAUUGUUUGAAGUUGGUUGGUUUCUGUUUCAAGAAAGGAGUUCGAAGUUUCUUGGCUUUUGAUACGGUUUGAAUUGUUUAUUUAGAUGAAAUAAAUCCUUUGAUAAAAUUCAA